AUGCCCGCCGUUACUUAUUGGGGACAUUGGAUUGAUGGGGCCCAGUUGACCGAGAACGGUGUCAACGGCCCACUAGAGACCCUUUUGAGUCGCCAACCAUCACCCCUUUACACUAUUCGAAAUGGGACUGAAGACGUUAUCCCAAACAAGCGAGAAAUCAUGAAAUUAGCGGAAUGUCGCUUGUUCCGCGCCCCCCCUGGAAGCAAUGUCGCAAAGAGCGACCCAGCUUUUCCACAAGCGGCAAUCUCUCAGGUAGAAAUUACGAAGACGAUUUUUAUCAAACUCAUCAACGCCCUAAAGGCCGAAAAGAACGAUAAAGUGGUCGUCCUUCGUCAGGAUAUCGAUCUCCAAGGAGCUAAUUUUCAUCCCCUGCUAAUUAGAACUCCAGGAGCUCUUGGGAUUUUCUCAAGCUCCAUGGUAAAAUCACAAAGAAUUGAGAGAAUCGUUAAAGCUAUCAACAAGCUGGAUUCUUGUAUCCAGGCACUUACUCGAGCCAUGGCAGAAACUAUUACCAUAUCUAUCCGUCAAGCCGGAACAAACACGAGCGAUGCACAAUUCAACACGAUCCUCGUACAAAUUGCUCAAUCCAUAGAUAAUAUUGACGAGACAUGUGGGACCAGCCUUUGGGUGGAGAUUGAGAACGUAUUCCCCACUAACGGGAUCUUUAUUGAGGCAAAUAAAACUAAUGGGCCAGGAGAGGAGACUUCUGAAGAAGGAUAA